AUGACUUUGGAAGGGACUCUUGUUAAUGGCGUGACUGAAAUCUUGAAGAAACUGCUCCCGGUCAUUUCUCAACAAAUUGGUCAGGCAUGGGAUGUUAAAGAUGACCUAAAGAAGCUCGGGAAAACCUUGGAGUCAAUUCAAGCUUUGAUUUCUGAUGCCGAGGAGAAACAAAUAACGGAUGCUACUGUCAGACUUUGGUUCACAAGGCUUAAAGACGUUGUUUACGAUGCCGAUGAUCUUAUGGAUGAAUUCUGUUAUGAAUCCAUGAGCCGUUGCGAAAGAGGAAGUCAGCUCAAGCAUAAGUGUCUCCAUCAUCAUCAACAACAUCAUGGCACAAUUCUUCUCGUCAAGAGAAACUUUCGGCUGUGUCCAUUGUGGGUAUGGGAGGUCUGGGCAAGACUUCGUUAGCUCGGUGUACAAAGACAAGUCAAUAGAAACACACUUUGAACAAAAAAUGUGGGUCUGCGUAUCUGACAAGUUUGAUGUUUAUAGGAUUUUAAAGGAAAUUUUAGAGUCCAUCACCGGCAUUUCAUGUGGAGAUCCGUCAAACCUCGAUGUGCUUGCGAGGUGAGUUAAGGAGAAACUAAUUGGUACUAAAUACCUGUUAGUACUGGAUGAUCUAUGGAACGAGGACGUCGGAGAUUGGGAAACACUGAAGCGAUUCCUUGUCCAUGGUGUUGAAGGCAACAAAUUAUUAGUCACCAGACGCAGCCACAAAGUUGCAUCUGUUGUUGGGGGCAAGCUGGCAAGGUCCAUAAUUUACAAAAAUUACCCGAUGAUGUUUGUUGGUCUAUAGUGCAGAAAAAAAAUUCAUUUCCAGGUGGAGCAGCACUUACUCAAAAUAUGUCAAAUAUUGGACGCGACAUAGCAAAGAAAUGCGAUGGCUUACCACUUGCGGCAAACUUUCUUGGAAGUAUAUUAUACUUGAAAAGAGAAGAAAGCUACUGGGUUUCAAUCAAUAAUGAUAAGAAUUUGUGGGUUCAGCCAGAAAAUAAAAAGAGAAUUUUAGGCGCAGGCCCGAAAAAAUUUAUUUUCUUACCGUCAGGUCCAUAAUUAAUUUUGAAUACUGUCGCACUCAAAGUUUUUUAGAAAAUGCGUAGUU